GUCAACAGACUCAAUUCUUAUCAGUCUCUUGCACAUAUUGCGCCGCAAGAGAUGACAUUAAUAAUGAUACCGUCAAUCACAGUUGUUGCAACGAGUCUUUGUGUUUUCUGUGCAUUUUUUUACAUCUGGGCUAAGUGGAAAUUGUCAUAUUGGCAAAGACGUGGUGUACCAACUCUUCCAACAAAUAUAUUUUUUGGAAAUUUCGCAGAAUCGAUAUAUGGUCGCAUAUCGGCUGGUUAUCUCCUCGGAAAAUUGCACAAUCAGGCAGAUCCCGAUUUAAAAUUCCUCGGGGUUUACAUUUUCCAAAAGCCAGUGUUUCUCGUGAGAGAUCCGACACUCAUCCGACAAAUCCUGAUAAAGGACUUUUCGAUUUUUUCCAAUCGUUAUUUUUCCGUUGAAAGUGACAAUGACCAAAUUGGAACGAAGAAUUUAUUCAGUGUUAACAAUCCUCGGUGGCAGCAUAUGCGACAUAAACUGUCGCCUGCAUUCUCCACUGCAAAACUCAAGGGACUGUUCAAGUUGAUGGUUGAGUCAUCCCAUUCAUUGACAAAUUAUCUGGAAAAACAGUUUACUGAUCCACGUGGAAUUAAGAUUAUUGAUGUGGAGGACGCAAGUACGAGAUUCAUUACUGAUAUUAUAGCCUCCUUAGCCUUUGGUAUUAAUACCAACUCAUUCGAGGAAUCAACACAAGAAUUCUAUACUCGAAGUCGGGAACUAUUUCGCACGGAUACACUGACCAACAUUCUCACCUUCUGUGUAUUCUUCUUUCCACGCCUGGCGAACCUUUAUCCAUUGGGAAUCCUUGGAAAGCAGGAGGCAUACAUUAGGAAUAUAUUUUGGGCUUCAAUGAAUGCUCGUGAACAGGCCCAAUUCCACAGAGGCGAUAUUAUGGACAAUCUCCUUAAAUUGAAAAAUGAAAAACAGGACAGCGAUUUGAAAUUCCAGGGUGACGUGCUUGUGGCUCAAUCAGUCAUAUUUUUCGUUGCUGGGUCAGCGACGAGUUCGGAGACGAUGGCGUUCACCCUGAACGAACUAGCGAAACGCCCGGACAUUCAGGAUCGUGUGAGACAAGAGAUCAUUGAUAUCCUCGACGGUGAUGAGCUGACGUACGAAAAAGUUCAACAAAUGAAAUAUCUUCACCAAGUUAUCAAUGAGACCUUGAGAUUGUAUCCCCUAGCUCCGAUCAUUGACCGAGUGGCUGAGGAAGAUUACAAGGUACCAGACAGCAACGUCACCAUCGAGAAAGGGACUCCGGUCUAUGUUGCACUUCGGGGUGUACACAUGGAUACCAAGUACUUUUCGGAUCCAGAAAAAUAUGAUCCCGAUAGAUUCGACGAGAAUAAUAAAAUCGAACCCUACACUUAUUUGCCAUUUGGCGAGGGACCGAGGAUUUGCAUUGGUAUGAGAAUUGGAAUGAUGCAGACGGCAGUCGGAUUAAUAACAAUGUUAAAGAAUUAUCGAUUUUCCAUUGAUCCGUCUCAUGAAAAUCGAGUUCACAAACAAGCGAUUUUUAUCGCUCCAGAAAAUGGAGUUCACCUCCGCGUCGAAAAAUUGUGAUUCCCCAAAAUAAAAGGAGUUUCCGAAAUAAUUCAAGAAAA